AUGGAUUCAGACACCUCAUCAGCCUUCCAGAAUGAUCUCACCUGCUCCAUCUGUAGGAACUACUUCCUGGACCCUGUCACCAUAGACUGUGGGCACAGCUUUUGCCGUCUCUGCCUGUACCUCUGCUGGGAGGAAGCCCAGACUCCAAGGUGCUGCCCUGAGUGCAGAGGAGUAUCAGAGAGGCCAGAUUUCAAAACCAACAUUGCACUGAGGAACCUGGCUUCCAUUGCCAGAGAGGCCAGAACUCACUACAUCAAUAGCUCUGAGGAGCAGAUCUGUGUGGCACACAAAGAAGCAAAGGGGCUGUUCUGCAAGGAUGAGAAGAACAUGCUCUGUGCACUCUGUUCUGAAACCCCAGAGCAUGCGGCUCACAGCCACAGUCCAAUACAGUGGUCUGCUGAGGAAUACAGGGAGGAACUUAUAAAGAGAAUGAACUCUUUAUGGAACAUGACUCAAGAAAUGAAAAGCAACCUGAAGCAGGAAGCUAGCAAAACCCAGUCAUUACAGGACUACGUGGCCCUUAGGAGGGAGAUGAUCAAAGCUGAAUAUCAGAAGAUGCAUCUAUUUCUCUGUGAGGAGGAGCAACUCCAUCUGGACACAAUGGAGAGAGAAGCAAAGGAGAUCUUCCAACAACUCAAGGAAAGCCAACUCAGAAUGACCCAACAGAAAGAAAGCCUGAAAGGAAUGUUGAGAGAGCUGACUGACAUGUGCCACAAGCCUAACGUGGAGCUGCUCCAGGAUUUGGGAAAUAUAUUGGAAAGAACUGAAUUGGUGCAGAUGCAAAAGCCCCAGCCCAUGAAUCCAGAGCUCCCUUUAUGGCGCUUCACUGGAAUCCAAGAUAUGCUGAACAACUUCAGAGUGGAUAAUGUUCUGAGUGAGGAAACCAUUAGUCGCCGUAUCAGCCUUUCUAAGGAUGUUCGUGUGAAUUUUGCAGAUGUCCAUGACAGCGCAUCCAGACAGCCUGAGAGAGUGCAGAGUUUUGCAGUAUGGGGAACUCAUACCUUUACCACUGGUAGACAUUACUGGGAGGUGGAUAAGCUGCACUGCUCGAUGUGGAUUCUGGGAGUGUGUCAAGAUUCCCUGAUAAGUGAUACAGAUAUUAUUGUUGAUUACGAAGAAGCAUCUCUUCUAUUUUGUUUGAAAGUGAAUGAUCAUUAUUGUCUCUCCACUAACUGCCCACCCUCAAUUCAGUAUGUGAAAAGGCCUCUGGGUAAGAUUGGAGUGUUUUUGGAUUAUGACAAUGCAACUGUGAGCUUCUAUGAUGUGGAAAAAGGUUCCCUCAUAAGUAGUGUAGUUUCUCCUCCCUUCUCUUCUCCUCUGAAGCCUUUCCUAUGCUUUGAUUCUCCAUGAGAAGUUAAGUUUUGACCACUUAUUUGGUAAAGUUCCAUAUCUAAGGAAACUAUUUUUAUGAAAUGUCCUAUGAGGCAGCAGGUUGAUACCUGACUGUCUUGGAGCAAAUUGUAACUUCAGGAAACAUAAUUAUUGU